AUGUCAACGUUUGUCAACGAACAAGUAAAGCGGCUCAACACAUCACUCACCCAAUCUUUCGAAAGGCAUAUUGCCAGCAAAGCAAGCUUGUCAUCCCUCAAUGAAAAGGAUAAAUUUUUGCUUGAAACAUCACAAGCUUUGGAUAUGACAAGCUCCAAUUUGCCUUCUUUUGAAAAGGUGCAAGAAUAUCUUGAACGGUACCAUGAAUUCAAAGUUUCAGGUGAUAUGAAUGCCACGUCAGAAACAGCAGAUCCAGCUCUUGAAUGGCUCUUUGUAGCGAAAUGCACCAUUGCUGUCUAUGGCCAAGUGUUCUCCAAAGUGCUCAAUUUGACUCUACCUAUUUCCGAGUCGAUCGAUUACUGGAAUAGUAUUCAGGGUAGCACAAUCAACGAGUUAUAUUACGCAAUGCAAAUUGCACCAUCUCGCAUCUACUCAUUACUCAAGAACACAGCCAAGCAGAUCAGCAACACGUCCUCUGUUGUGGAUCAAGCCAAAUCACUGUUUACAUCCUCCGACUAUGUAUUGUCGCAAUUAUUCCCUGUUCACAACAAUGGCAUCUACAAUGAUAAAUCCAAAGCAGAAAAGCAGCCAUCGCUGAAAUCAUUCAAUGCUUUCAAUGCAUUCAAAUUCUUCAACCUAUCUUCCUAUCAUCAUCGUCCUUUGAUCCUUGAAAUCAUCAGCAGCGAAGUGUGCCUCAAAAAGAAAACAUUGCAGCAGUUUCGCUCGGAGCAGGCAGCUAGUUUGGGCGUUUUGUUAUUGACACCUCCUCAAUUCGACAGUCAGGACGAUUUUGCAAGUGCAACAGCAAAGGAGACCAAAAACUGCAUUGAGGUUAUCAAGUAUGUCUUGGGAUCUGCUUCUGGUGACAGCGAGCAGAUUGAAAAGAACACCCAUCAUCUGCAGCAACGUCUUAGCACGAUGGAUCUGCGACAAACGUCUGCAAAUGAUGCCACUGCAGAGUUGUACAGUGUGACCAAGAAAUGGUCGUCUUCGUACAACAACAGACUCCAAUGCAUCCAGUCAACUUACGGCACACCAUCUGUCAUCACACGUUAUUGGAUUCCUGCAUUGGGCUCAUAUUUUGUGGGUGGAUUAGCCCUUCGUUAUGGAUUCAAAAGAAGGGAGGACAUCAUGCACUGGGUUGAAGAAGCUGGAAAGACUGCGCAUGAUUUCAUUUUGAAUUGGGUCUGGGAACCCGUCGUCAAAGUAUACGAUACGAUUCGACUUAAGGAUCAACGACUAAGCUUGUUGAGCAAAGAAGGACUUCAAAGUGAUUUGGAUUCACUCGAGCGCAUGGUCAUUGGAUUUGCAAAGGACAAUCUACAUAUGCCAGAGCAUGAGCUAUCGCAACUAGCUAUCAACAUUCGCGAAGGAGACAUGUCUGUGCUGCUGAAAGAGUAUGAAAAAGAGAUCAAGAAUCCUCUGAGAAAUGUGAUUGUAGGUGAUCUAUUACAAACCAUCCUCAUUCAAGUCCAAAAGACAAAGGUUGAUGUUGAUCUGGCCAUGUCUGCGCUGGACAAGUUGCUCAAAUCCAAUGAAUUGAAUUUUGCCUUUCUGGCUGUUGCACCUUCGAUGCUUUUGACUUGGGCGUCGAUAUCUUGGUUCAGAAACACCAUCCAAGGCAGAUCACAGCAAAAGAUGAAAAAGACUGGGUUACCAAUGAAAGAAACACUUCGUCGUAUUGAAAGACAAUUGAUUGUCAUGGAGCCCAUUCACCAGGAAAAAGGAGAGCUAAAUGAGUGGAGCAGUGGUAACCAGUACCAAAUUGAAUGUGAAACGCAAGGAAUUCUACUAUGCGAAGUCCAUUUAUUGCGUGCAUACGCUCGUUCAUUACCCCUUCAAAACUCAACUCGUGCUAGAUUUUUGGAAGAUAUCCGGGAUUUAGAGAAUCCUUCCUUGACAAAUGAACAAAAGAUCCAAACUAUUGCUCGUAUGAGUAGAUUCUGGAAGUUUUUAUCUUAA